CUGGGAUUUGUUUAAAAGGAGCAACCAAAAAGCCUGCCAGAUACAGCAAAAGGGAUAUUAAACUAGGGCUUAUAUUGGCCAUUAGUUCUGAUUACUGGUGAGGUUUCGAGGUGCAAAAUUUGCCGUGAUGAUUGGAAUCACUUUCAGAGUUUCUUGGUUUUGUUGCCUGCUAAUUGGUGGGAUAACCUGUUCUACAUCAAGCUCACUUAGGUCUAAAGGAUAUGGAAAUUACAUCUCUCCAACAGCUCAAUUGCGAGCGCAGCUGACCGAAGAGCAACAGAAACAUCUGGCCUCCAUCCUGCAAAAGCAACUGGCCCCCAUGCCCCAGGCACCUCCGAAAAUUUGGUAUCCAACUCAAAUGCCCCAGCAGGAAAAGCAACUGGCCGCCAUGACCCAACAGGAGACUCUACCGGCCAGUUAUCCUAAGCAGCCUCAAGCAGUGUUGUAUCCAGCUCAAAUGCCCCAGAAGCAACCAGCUACUGAACGUCAGCAUCAGAAGGAACAGGCCAUACCCCAGUUACCUCAGCAAGUGUGGUAUCCAGUUCAAAUUCCCCAGCGGCAAAAGCAACCAGCUACUGGGCCUCAGCAGCAGACGGAACUGACCACCAUGCCCCAGAAGCAACCGGCUCCAAUGGAUAUACUGCAGAAACAACCAACAGCUAUGCCGCAGCAAACAUGGUAUCCAGCUCAAAUGCAGCAGAAGCAACCGGCCACCAUUCACCAGCAAGUGUGGCAUCCAGCUCAAUUUCCCCAGGAGCAAAAGCAACCAGCUACUGAACCUCAGCAGCAGAAGGAACCAGCCGCUAUAAGCCAGCAACCUCAGCAAGUGUUGCAUCCAGCUCAAAAGCCGCAGAAGCAACUGACUGCCAUGCCCCAGCAAGUGUGGUAUCCAGCUCAAAAGCCCCAGCAGCAGAAGCAACCCGCCACUGAACCUCAGCAGCAGAUUGACCUAACCGCCAUGCCUCAGCAAAUGUGGCAUCCAGCUCAAUUUCCCCAGGAGCAACCAGUCCCUAUGCGUCAACUGCAGAAGGAUCUGACCGCCAUUCCACCACAACUGUUGCAUUCCGCUCAAAUGCCCCAGCUGCAUAAGCAACCGGCUGCCAUGCUUCAGCAAGUGUGGCAACUGGCCCCCAUUCCCCAGCAGCCUCAUGACGUGUGGUAUCCAGCUAAAAUGGUCCAGAAGCAACAAGCCGCUGCAACUCGGCGGCAGAAGGAACUGACCACCAUGCCUCAGCAAGUGUGGUAUCCAGCUCAAAUGCCCCAGGAGCAGAAGCAACCGGCCACCAUACCCCAGCAAGAGUUGCAUCCAGCUCAAAUGCUGCAGACGCAACUGGCCCCAAUGCCUAUCCUGCAGAAACAACCAACAGCUAUACUCCAGCAAGCAUGGUAUCCAGCUCAAAUGUCCCAGCAGCAGAAACAACUGGCCACCAUACUGCAGAAGCAACCAGCCCCAUUGCCUCAACCGCAGAAGGAACAGGCCACCCUGCCCCCGCAAGUGUGGCAUCCAGCUCAAAUGCCACAGCAGCAAAAGCAACCAGCUACUGAAACUCGGCAGCAAAUUGAACCGACCGCCAUGCCCCAGCCACCUCAGCAAGUGUGGCAUCCAAAUCAAUUUCCCCAGGAGCAGAAGCAACCAGCCCCUAUGCAUCUACCGCAGAAGGAACUGACUGCCAUACCCCAACAACUGUGGCAAACGGCUCAAAUUCCCCAGCAGCAUAAGCAACCGGCUGCAAUGCUUCAGCAGCCUCACAACAUGUGGUAUCCAGCUAAAAUGGUCCAGAAGCAACAAGUCGCUGCACUGACCGCCAUGCCGCAGACGCAUCAGCAAGUGUGGCAUCCAGCUCAAUCUCCCCAGCAGCAGAAGCAACCGGCCUCCACCCCUCUACCGCAGGAGCAGCCUACCGCCGUAUCCCAGCAAGUGUGGUAUCCAGCUCAAAUGUCCCAGCAGCGGAAGCUACACACUGCCAUGCCACAACAGCAACUGACCGCCAUGCCUCAGCAAUUAUGGCAUGUAGCUCAAAUGACCCAGAAGCAACUGACCCCAAUGUCUCAGCAGAAGCACUACCAAAGCACUGAAGAUGGUGCCUCUGGUAGCGCUCAGGCCAGCAUCGUUGAACAGUCGGGUGUCAUCCCAAUCUAUUCCUACAGUUCCAAAUCGCACUACGAGAAUGGCAGAACUGUCUUUUCCCAAAUCAGCUACACUCCUAGGGAGGCUAUUUCUGUUGACAGUGGAAAUGCUCCCAAGGACGGUUAUGUUAGCUUUGGUGCACCAAGCAUAUAUCCACCACUAGUGAAGGAUUCUGCAAGGAAAAUGUAAUGGAUUCAUCCUCUAGAAGCUCUAAUGGACGUUGCUGGUGCUCUUGCUACUCUAGAGUUAUGGAAUACAUCAACAAUUUUACUUUAAAAAAUGCCUUGUCUCUUUGAAACAAUGAUUCUUGUGUCCAUUGCUUGCGACUUGAGAACAGGUGGUGUGCAGUCUUGUAAAAAUGACUGUUCAGUUAAAUCUUUGGUUGUUCAUCUUUUACCUUUGCUACUGGUUGUUCAAAAUAAAAGCUUGGGUCUACAUUAGAGCAUUUGUGAUGGGGUGAGUUAGACAUUCAUCAUAUGUUCAUACUUUAGAUGUAGUCAUGCAUUGUAUACAGUGAGACUUCACUUCAACCUCAGUGUAAGUUGUUGGUGAGUAAAUUUAACAUAUAUAAUUGUUUUUAGAUGGUCAGACAAUGGCUCAUUUAGCUAUUAGAAUUGAAACCCAAAAAGUACACUAAACUUGCGUUUAGCCUUCUACUAUAGCCCACACCACAAAUGGCAAAGAGUCAAAUCAGUUUAGAAGUGUCUGUCCCAUAUCUAGGUGAUGCCUCAUGUUUUGGAUGCUUCAACCCCUGUUGGCACAUCUACCUCCAUACUUCUGUUUGUAUGGGUUACCUUCAGAUGUGUCUUACAAUUGUGGGGUCAAAGAGGGAAAAGUAACUAUGUUCGGGAGUCAAUUUUCUAUAAUGUUCAUAGUUUGUAGGCCAAACCGUUCUGACACUAGAUGUUUUUGAGACUGCAUUUUGAGGUGUCUGACCAACACCACUGUAGCUCGGCCCCUGUCCACCAGAGAUGCGUAAGGGCGACAGGCGGAUGCAGUGGAUUGAGACGCAGCCCAUUCUAAAUGUUCUAGCUUCAACUGGAUUUUGAUGGGCCUCAAUACUCUUCACCUGUAGCCCAAUCCUCCUAGUCCAUUUAUUGUACCACAGGUUUCUAUAGCAUGGAUUCGGUGUAUUUGAUUUUUAUGGAGCCUGGAGCGUUUAACCUAUCAAUUAAUAAAUAUAUUCUAUACA